AUGACAACAACAACAACAUUCGAGCACCUCUCUUUCGAGUUGUUCUAUGAACUAUUUAUUUAUUUCCACUUUCAUGAAGUAUUCAAUAUUUUUUCUCAUCUCAAUUCACGAUUUGCUGCUAUUGUUAAUAACAUGCCAUUUAUGCCUGCUUACUUGGGUCUAAAUGAAAUGAGUAUAGCGAUAACAGAAUUCUACUACACACAAUUAUCACAAUUGAACGUAUGUAAUCUUCUUAUUUCAUUAUGUGUAUCAGAUACAUUAGCUAUUGAUAAUGGAUUAUGGUUAGCAUCAUAUUUAUCUUUAAUUGGCAUUAAACGUUCUUCAUUUGAAUAG